AACAAGACUGUAUUGCUGCACUGUAUCAGGUAGACUACCAAUCAUAAAUGUCUAAAACUCAAGUUUCUUCCUCUUCUAGCAACACAAGAAACAGUCAUUUCUGCAAAUUCUUCCGUUUAUUCCUUAACUCGGAUCAUUCUCGCCAAGUUAGCUAUCUGAAGCGCGUUUCAUUGAAGGAGCUAAAUAGAGCAACUGAUGGAUUUGGAAGAAUCAUUACUUGUGACUCACAAACCAUAACCUACCAAGCCAGAUUUCAGGAUGGUUCAGUAUCUGUAGUCAAAGAAGUUAGAAGUUUCGACGAAGGAAAUGAGUGCUUCAACAAAGAACUGCAGCUUUUAGGUCGUUUACAUCAUCGACAUGUUGUAGCUCUUCGAGGAUACUUUGUUGGUCGUAGAAGUUUCCUGAUAUUCGAGAACACUGCAAAAGCGAGCUUGAAGGAACAUCUGAAUGAUCCUUUGAAGACUCCUCUGAGCUGGAAAACUAGAGUGCAGAUUGCCAUCGGUGUAGCAGCUGCACUGGAGUAUCUUCAGUUCUUCUGUGAACCACCAGUAGAUCACAUUGACAUUAGUUCAAGUAAUAUCAUCUUAGACGAGAAAUUGGUUCCAAAGCUUUCGAAUAUCAGCUGUCUUUGCACAGAAGAACGAGCGAACAUUCUACCUCAAUUUGGCGCAUUGCUACUUGAGCUAAUUACGGGUCAAUCUUCAGCAAAGGAAAGUGCCAAUAUAGCUAAAUGGAUCCAUGAUUUGCGCUCUAGCUUAUCAAUGCACAAUAUGAUCGAUCCAGAACUCGAAGUUAGUUGCAGUUCCAAAGAGCUAAGGGACCUUCUCAAUGUUGCAAGAUUGUGCAUAAAAGUAGAGAAUACAAGAGCCUUCAGUAUUUCACAUGCUUUUUGGUAUCUACAAAAGAGGUUUGGUGUUGCUUGUGACUAGAGAUGUUUAACGAGGUGGAUCGACCCAACAGGUUAAGGGUCAGGUUGCAUUUUAAUGGAUCAUU